ACGCGCGCGCGCGCAUGUGGUUGUGAGUAAAAAAAAGUGCAAAAUCAAUUCCGCAGCACCUUUCUUUGGUGGUUUUUACAACUUGUUGAUUCUGCAACUUUUCUCAAAUAGCCUAGGCUGUGUUUCCUCCACACAGGAUGUUACUGAGCUGGUUUUGAUCUGUUCUUUCUCGAGAGAAAUGUGGAUACUUUCAUUUGAUACCGUUAAUCGGACCUUUUAUUGAUUUGUCGACAAAAUUGACAGAAAACAGUAAACAGCCUGCAAGCCCCCGCAGCAGAAGACGAAAAAAGAAAAUUUGCCACCUGGCAAAAUAAACACGAAAAAAAAAAAAAAGUUGCUGAUGAAUUGAUGCUAGGUAUUUGCUAGGAGUAGAGUCAACAUUGCGAGGCCGACUGAGAUUUUAGUCCAGGUCCAAGAAAUCACUAUUCUGUCCUUACCAUCGACUAGACCGAAACUGUAAAGGUGUGUGGUGCCUGGACCAAAAUGCCAACAGGAGUGUCCAAGGAGGAACUUGGUUAAGUUGACUUGUCUGGUGAUCUCGUACCGAGCUAUGACUUGCUUGCAGACUGAUGGAUGUUAGUUCCACAACAAUGGCUGUCUGAUUGGUCAGUACACUGAGCUUCAACAACCAUGGAGGAAGGGCAGAAAGUGGCUGAGAGCGCCCCGCCCAGCUUCUCGGUGACCCCUGCGGAGGAUGAGGCUGUCCAGUCAGAGAACCAGCCCGUCUCCGAGUCAGUGGACGAGGAGGACUGCGAGACGAGGUGCGGCUACUGGGGAUGGAGACCCAACUUCCUGCAGAGCGUCAACAAACCAGGCUUCCUGGUGUUUUUUGUCGCCAUGUACUCCAUGAUGCUGGGUUUUGUGGUGAAUGGAGUGAACAACGUGAACGUUUCCUCCAUCGAGCGUAGGUUUGACCUUCAGAGCGCAAACGUGGGCUUCCUGGCCAGCUCCUACGACAUCUCGGCGGCGGUGCUGGCCGUGGUCAUUGGCUACUAUGGCUCGGGCAAGCGAAAGGCGCGCAUGAUCUCUGUGGCUGUGUUUGCAUCGGCAUUGGGCUCAUUCGUCAUGACGGUGCCGCACUUUGCCACAGGCCAGUACUCCCUUGGGAUCUCGGCCGACAAAAUCUGCGUGGACGAGACGAGCAGCAACAGCAGCUGCUCGGCGACUAGGUCCAACCCGAGGCUAGGCAACUAUUUCUACGUGUUCCUCCUAGGGCAGCUGCUUCACGGCAUUGGGGGCACCACCAUGCUGACAGUCGGUAUCUCGCUCAUCGAUGACAGUGUCAUGCCCAAAAAGACGCCCCUCUACCUGGGCUUCGUCUACGGCUGCAACAUCCUGGGCUCGGGGCUGGGCUACAUUGUAGGAGGCCAGCUCCUCAACGUGUAUGUCGACUUUGACACGGUGGACCACGUGGAGCUCACGCCCAGCGACACGCGCUGGCUUGGCGCCUGGUGGCUGGCCCCAGGGAUCGCAGCCGCCCUGCAGCUGGUCGUCUCCAUACCGCUGUCUCUCUUCGGGGCCGAACUUCCGACCAGCAAAGAAGUUAGGCGCAAGCGAAUUUCCCAGGCCCACCAGGGUCAGCCGUCUGCCGCUGCUUCCACGUCGGUCCCGUUGCCCACCAAGCUGAAAGAGCUGCGAGCUGUGUGGAUCGUUUUCACGCUGCUUCGCAACCCCUGCUUUGUGUUCAUCACGCUCGGCAUGACCGUCGAAGGAAUGUUUCUCUCCGGCAUCGCUGCCUUCCUGCCCAAAUUUGUCGAGAACGAGUACGGCAUCUCGGCAUCCAGGGCUGCCAUUGUCUCAGGCCUAGCGAUCAUCCCGGCUGCAGCGGGCGGGCUCCUCCUGGGCGGCUACAUUGCCAAACGCUUCAACCUGAACAUCACCCAGGCCAUCAAGUUCAUCAUCUUGACCUCCGUGCUAGCCGCGCUGGGCAGCUCUGUCAUCUGGAUACGCUGCAAGCCGCUGGAGAUCUAUGGAGUCAGCAGGCCCUACCAUGGCAGAGACAAAGGCCAGCUGCCAAUCUCGCUGGGAGCGCCGUGUAACAACAUGUGUAGCUGUGACACGGACCUGUUUGAGCCCGUGUGUAACAACGAGACUGGCGUGUACUUCUCUCCGUGCUAUGCAGGGUGCACAGAACAGACGGGCCCUAAUGUGUUCUCCCACUGCGCCUGUGUGUCGGCCAUCUCUCGUCCGGGCAACCAGAGCAGCGUGAGCCAGCAGCUGUCCUCGGAGAACUGCCGGCAGCCUUGCAACAUGCUCUACCUGUUCAUCUCGCUCCUCUUCUUCUCCAUGUGCCUCUCCUUCAUGCCCAUCGCCCCCGGGGACUCCAUACAGCUCAGGUUCAUUUGUGGGUCCCAUCCUGGUGGGUAAGUUGCUUGACCUGAACUGCGACACGUGGCGAGAGCGAUGUGGUCAGCGUCUCUCCUGCUGGCUCUAUGAUCACGACACUCUGGUCAUCUGCAUCUACCUCUUCAUCGUCACCUGCAAGGGACUCUCCAUACUCUUUUGCUGCCUGGCCCUCAAGUUCUACCAGCCACCCAAACCUCCCGUGGUAGAGCAGGUGGCCUCGCCCCAGCAGGAAAUGGGCAACGUGGCAGGCCACUGCAUGCCCUAUGGAGACGGCCACUCUGCCGCGGGUGACGACGAGGAGCCAGAUUUUUCCGUGGAGGACGACGGCUCAUCUCGUACUCUGGUCCGAUUUGCCCCCUAAUGACAGGUGUGAUCACAUAAUAAUUCUGCAGUCCUGAGGAACCAGUUUUUUUCUGACAUCUUUGGGAUGUGACGGACGAGUGUUUCUGUGUCAGUGACUCAUCGCAUUUAGUAUCGUCAAAUCGUUUUGUGCGGUAUCUUUUUUUGUUGUUGUCUUGUUACAUGCGGAUAGAUAUAUCCUCCAGAAGGAGCAUAAACAUGUCAUAGUUUGGUCAUGGCUAGCUUGACAAAAGAUGUUGUCGACUGGUGCGGAGAAGCAGAAUCGAUGAGGAAAGGCUAGUGGUUCAUUGGAGUUUUUUGUUGUUGUUGCUUUUUUAGCACUGUGGUUCAGCGUGCAUCAUGGAUGGACUGUUUUCCCAAGGAUUUGUAGAACUGAAGAAGCAGUCUGUGUGCAAUAGGAAUGGGGAUUUGGCUCUUGUUUUCCGUUGUUUUUAAUGCACAUUUAUUGAUCACGACUGCCCCCCCCCCCCCUCCCAACACCAUCAUGAUCUGGCUGGCUCUGGCUCUCCUGCCUGGAACAUUUACUGAAGCUAUUUCAGGUUUGCAGCGGCCGGCUCUUUAAAAACAAGGACCUGUUGAUUGAUUUGGGUUGUUUUUUGUUGUUGUUUUUUUGGGGGGGUUUGGCGUGUGUGAUUGGUUACAGUUUCUUCCCCCACGUUUGGGCAAUUUUCUACAGCACAAGUCACAAGUCUGUGAACAGUGCUGUCUGCGACAAGCGGAUAUGAGGGACUCCAGAUUGACGA